AAGAACAUCCCUAUUACUAACUUCUUUCGUGUGGUUGGGGACGUGAUAAAUAUUGUUGGAGCAUCUUCCAAACGUUGUGAUCUUCUUCGAGAAAAACCGUUAGACUUUAUUGUUGAGGCAUUGGAAAAAGGUGAGAUUUUAAGUGGACGGGGACUUAAUCAAGAAACGACCCUUCAGCGCUCUGGUGAUACACGAUGGAGUUCACAUUAUAAUUCUUUGGUCAGCUUGCUUGCCAUGUUCUCUUCUGUUUUAGAUGUACUUGCAACGAUUGUUAAAGAUGAAUCUUGUUCUUGUGAUCAAAGAUCUGAUGCAACAAAUUUAUUGGAGUUGAUACAAAAAUUUGAUUUUGCAUUUAAUCUACAGUUGAUGAGAAGUGUCUUGGGGAUGUCAAAUGAACUGUCAAAGGCAUUGCAAAGGAAAGAUCAAGAUAUUGUGAAUGCAAUGCAAUUGGUGAGAUUGUGCAAACAACGACUCCAAAUAAUGAGAGACGAAGGGUGGGACUCCUUUUUUGAAGAAGUAUGUUCUUUUUGUCAACAACAUUACAUUCAUGUACCCAACAUGGAUGAUAUGUUUGUACGCCUUGCACUUCGUGGUCGCCCUCAGCGUAAUUCUCCAGAAAUUACAAAUUUACAUCAUUACCGAGUAGAUUUGUUCUAUUCUGUCAUCGAUUUACAACUUCAAGAAUUGAAUGAUCGUUUCUCGGAGAAAAGCUUGAUUAGAUUUGCUGAGUUUUAUCCAUUAGAUUUCUCUUCAAUGGAUGUCAUUGUACUGAACGAUCAGCUUGAGACUUAUAUUUUUGACAUGCUUUCUAACAAAGAGUUUGAAGGGUUGAAUGAUCUUGGUGAUCUUGCGAAGAAGUUAGUUCUGAAAAAGAAAGAUAGGGUUUAUCCUUUGGUUUACAGACUUUUGACUUUGGCAUUGAUUUUACCGGUUGCUACCGCUACUGUGGAGAGAGUCUUUUCUGCAAUGAGUAUUGUAAAGGAUAGAUUGCGCAAUCGGAUGGGUGAUCAGUGGAUGAAUGAUAGCACAAUUAUUUAU